GCUUCUGCAGAGCUAAAGCAUCGUCACACAUCGGCUCUUGCAGAAUGCGGUAGUCAAUCAGCCAGAUUAGCCGGUUUUACCAUUUACGGAAUUCGAUAUCUCGGUGUAGUCGUUGCUUUUGAUGUCCGUCCUGCAAGCUUAUCCCAGCUUCUACCCCCCCAACGUUCCUCUCUAGAAUCAUGACUCUUCGGAAAUAACUCGCGAUGAAGUUGAAAGCUUCAUUUGCGUACUCGAAACGCUGCCAUUUACGCUGCUUAUCAGCUUCAUCCCAUACUGCCAGACAGUUCAGCACAGCAACAAUUCAUCUCAACAAGGAUGACGAUUCCGCCAAUGUAUGGAAACUGACCCAAGAGGAUGUGGCCCACUACUGGAAAGGCUACCUCGCCACACGCCCCAAAUACACAGAUGCGUUUUACAACCUCAUCUACAACUACCAUACCUCACACUCACAGUCAAACCCGCCCUCAUUCUCCGUCGCCCACGAUGUCGGCGCUGGACCGGGCCAAGUCUCCGCGAAACUCGCCCAGAGGUUCUCCCAUGUCGUUGUAAGCGACAAUAACGAGAACCACGUCAAUUAUGCCAAGCACUUCCUGCCAACAAUCAAUGGUUCUGAAUCCCGAUUCUCCUUUGCCGUCGCAAAAGGAGAAGACCUGGGGUCCAAGUAUCCGCCCGCCUCCGCUGACCUAGUCGUCAGUGCACUCAUGUUCCCGCUGAUGGAUACUCUGUCUGCGCUGCGAAGCUUCCAUGCCCUCCUAAAGCCUGGCGGCACCCUGGCUGUGUGGUUUUAUGGACGUGCGCACUUCGCUGAGCUCGAGUAUGCGGCACGGUGCCAGCCACUCUUAGACAGGAUAAUCAAUCAUCAUUUCUCGGGCGUGAUUACUGGAGGGAGCCCGGAGCACACGGCGGGAUGGAAGCAUGUGGCGGAUGGCAUAGCCAGUUGGUUGGAUUAUAUCCCCUUUGCGGAAGAGGACUGGGGGUCUGUCGUGCGACAUAAGUGGAAUACGAAGUGGACUACUCUGGGGUUCUUUGGUAACGAGGCGUGCGAUUUUCCCGUGGAGCCGAGGAGUAGUGUCACAGAUAAGGAGGUAGUUAUCGAGAGGGAUGAUAGAAAUCUCUGGAGGAAGCACUGGAAUGUGGGUCAACUUCGUGAGUUCGUUGAGUAUAUAUACCCUUUUCAGGGGAUGGAGGAGGAAUAUGUGAAGCCGUUGUGGGCGCAGUUGGAGAGGGAAAUGGGCGGGUUGCACGCCAGGCGGGCAUUCUCGUGGCCGGUGGUUUUGAUUUUGGCAACGAGGAAGUGA